UGGAGCACGAGCACCCGGAGGUUGACGUCCCUGUCGCGCCAUCUUUGGAAACAGUCGGCUCAACGCUGAAUGAAACUUCAUUUCCCGUCGUUAUUUAACCGCUGCAUGUUUCAUUAGCAGAAACCACUGCUUCUCAGGAGCUUGAUCAGAAGAGGUUAAUCAUGGGGAUAAAGGUCCAGCGCCCUCGGUGCUUUUUUGACGUAGGAAUCAGCAACGUGCUCGUUGGCAGAAUCGUGGUAGAGUUGUUUUCAGACAUUUGUCCCAAAACAUGUGAAAACUUCAGAUGCCUCUGUACCGGUGAGAAAGGCAUCGGUAAAGGAACACAGAAACCACUGCACUACAAAGGAUGUCUGUUCCAUCGUAUUGUAAAAGACUUCAUGAUUCAAGGUGGAGACUUUAGUGAAGGCAAUGGAAGAGGAGGUGAAUCAAUCUAUGGAGGCUUUUUUGAAGAUGAAAGCUUUGCUGUUAAACAUAACAAAGAGUACCUUCUUUCCAUGGCAAACAGAGGGAAAGACACAAAUGGAUCCCAAUUUUUCAUAACAACAAAACCGUCACCACAUCUGGAUGGAGUUCAUGUUGUGUUUGGUCAUGUGAUCUCUGGCCAAGAAGUUGUUCAAACCAUGGAGAGCCAGAAAACAGAUCCAAACAGCAAACCAUGUGCAGAGGUGAAAGUUCUGAACUGUGGAGAGCUGGUCCCCAAAUCAAAAGCAAAGAAAGAUGACAAACAGAGGGAGAGAGCUUCCAGCUCCAGCAGCAGCUCCAGCGACUCUGACAGCUCCUCCGAUUCCUCUUCUGACUCUGAAGAGUCAGAGAAGGAAUCCAAGAAGCAGAAAAAGAAGGUGAAAAAGCUAAAGAAAAAACAGAAGAAGAAGGAAAAGAAAAGGUCCAAAGCUGAAAGCUCAGAAGAGAAGGAACAAGAGGACUUGGUUACAUCUACUGUACGGCCUGAAGAAAUACCGCCCAUCCCUGAAAACCGAUUCCUCAUGAGGAGAAGUCCACAGGCUGCUCAAAAUCCAAAAGAGGAAGCUCAGAAGGAGCAACGGCACAGAGAGGAAAGACCACGAGACAAUGUUGGGUAUAACUCUCAAUCAACCUAUCACAGAAGACUCGUCAUGACACGAUCUGGCAGAAAGAUUAAGGGCAGAGGUCCGAGGAGAUACCGAACCCCUUCUCGCUCGAGGUCCAGAGAUCGUUUCCGCCGCAGUGAAACUCCUCCACACUGGCGUCAAGAGAUGCAGCGUCAGAGGAUGAGAGCAGUCACUGGAGAACGCUGGAUCAAAGGAGACAAGGGUGACAUGAAUGAAGCUAAGGAUGAAGAUACUAGAGCUCCAAGAAGAGAGAGACGGGCGUCUGGUACAAAGCAUGAAAAAUCAGAUGAAAAUAAAAAAGACAAGAAAACUCGGUCACAUCGAUCCAAGAGCAAAGAAGGGGAUGUUGCCCCGCCGGAUGAAAAGCAAAGCAAAAACAAAGACAAGAAAAGUGAUAAAUCUCGAAGUCGUAGCAAAAGCAAAGAAAAGAGCAGAAGGUCAAGGAGCAGAGAUAAAGGUCACCGGCACAAAAGUGAUGAGAGGAGAGGUCGCUCCCGAAGCAGAAAGAGAAAUCCUGACGUGAAAGAAAAGGAGUCAGAGUCUGAUCACAGCAAAGAUAGAAACAAAAGCAGUGAGUCUGGUAAGAAACCUAAAGAGGACACAAAAGAUAAACAUGAUGAGAAAAGUAGAUCCAAGUCCAAAAGCAAGGGAGAAAAUGAAUCCAAGGAAAGGCGUAGAUCAAGAAGCAGAAACAGGGACAAAGGUGGAACAUCAGUCAAAGACAAGGAAGACAAAAGCAGAGAACGCAGCAGGAGUCAGGACAGAAGACGCGACAGAGACAAUAAGAGAAGAGAAACGUCCAGGGACAGGGACCGUGGAGCUAGAAGUCCAGAUAGAAACAAAACCAGCAGAGACUCAAACAGAGAAACCCACUCCAGGAGUAGGAGUAGGAGUAGGAGCAAAAGGAGAGAUCGUAGCAGAGAGCGCUUCUCCUAUAGAAGAGAUAAAGACAGAGAAGCUGCUGGCCGAAGAAGAAGACGCAGCAGCAGCUCCGACAGUGACAGGCACGAGAAGAGGAAGAGGCAGAAGAGUCGCUCCAAGUCCAGAGACAGAAGAAGUCCCGCAAAACCGAGGCCUGAUAGUACAAAAGACAAAGAGAAGAAUGACGACAAGAAGAAAAAGUCAGACUCUGGGUCAAGUUCAAGUUCUGACAGUGAUUGAUCCUGAAUCCGGUCUGGAGAAAGAAGCAUGGAAUCGUGUAAUUCCUCCUUUAAAUUUUCACUACACAGAAAAGAUGCAGCUUAUUAUUCACAGUUGUUGAUGUUCAAAUCUGUCUGUUCUAAAAAGCAACAUACAAUACAGUUCAGAAAUUUAGGACUGAGAAGAGCUUUUGUGUACAAUUUUCUUCAAAUAAAAAAGACAAACAAAACAUUACAAAGGCAUUUAGGUGGAACAUUUUAUUUUAGGUUAACUCAAAAUUAAGGUGAUAUUAUGACUUUUAUGACAGGUGUUUAUUUUCUUGUUGUGCAACUUAACCUUCAUUUUAAGUUGUUUUUUUUUCCAAAAUGGAGAAAGUUUAAUGUUUACUCAUUUUUGUUUUUUACACCACAAUAAUCAAGUAUCAAACUUCAUAAUACCCUUAUGCCUUGCAUGUGUGCUCAUGAUGCCUAUUGUUAUAUGUGAAAUUACUUUAUUUUUGUGGAGCCAUAAGUCUACUGUAGUCUUUGCUGUGAAAUGGUUUUAUUCAUUUUUUAACCCAUUCAUGCUGUAAGUACCAAACCAUUUAUAAGAAGCCUGUUGUGUCCAAGUCAGUUGAACAAACUUGAUUACAGUGUGGAAUUAUUAAAAGAUCAUUAGGGAU